GGUGAUUUGCUUGCAGUUGUAGUGGCGCUCUAUCAAAUUACAGAGUUCUAUCCAUCUACCUGGUGGAUACUGUGGAGACACGAUGCUCAAUGUAUACUCCACCGUUGGCUUCGUUACAUCGGUUUUGACGUCACAGUAUUUUCCAUGGUUGCAAUAGCAGUGGAUCGGUAUUUUGCGGUGUGUAAGCCAAUCCAGUUCAAAACAAACUUCACACUAAAGCGGACCAAACGAAUUAUUGUGAUGUUGUGGAUCUCGGCAAUGUUGUUCGCAGUCCAUCAAUCGUACAACUUCAUGGCCAGGUAUGACGGUCCGAACAAACCACCUCUUCCUAGUACGCGCAAAUUUGCUUGCAAAAUAUUUCUUCCGACUGCGGAUGCGUGGUAUAUUUAUUUUAAGAGUACCUACAACAAUGUGUUGCUGUUCUAUCUACCAGUUAUCAUCACCGGUCUCAUCUAUGUCAUUAUUAUUACCACCGUCUGGAAAAGACAAUAUGGCGUCGCUAGACAUUCAACGUCACGUAAGGUUAAUAUGCACAUUCGCACGGCGCGUAUGCUCUUUAUUGUUUACAUAGCGUAUGUGAGCUGUUAUGCGUUCUUUGCAACAUAUAACCUCAUAAAGAUGUUCAAGAAGGGGAAAAAUCUUAACCUGUUAGUUACAAACAUAGGCCUCUUGGUGCCAUACUUUAACUCCUGUCUAAAUCCCUUCAUAUACUCGUUUUCUAACCCAACAUUCCGUAAACACCUCACUCAACUAGUUUGGAAACCUGACGGUAAACGUCAACCAAAAAAACCUGAGAUUAGACAGAUUUCCACCAUACAGACUAACGAUUACACACCGACUGAAAAUCAAACGAAUUCGAAUUUCACUAUCGAUAGCAAGGUCAGUGUAAGUGAUUGUGAUAAUUCAGUUGCUUUCAUUCAAACAGAAGCAAAUUAGACCAAAUAAUAUACGGUGGAAUUUUACGUUGUGCAUGAUGUUUAUAUGAAAUUCAUAGUUUUAGUAUGAUAUUUGAGAAUAAUAAUAAUAAUAAUAAUAAUUAUAAUAAUGAUAAUAAUAAUAAUAAUAAUAAUAAUAAUUAAUAAUAAUAA